UGUUGUUCUGUGAGAGGAGCUCAGAGCGCACUCCUUCAUCUCAUCCACUCUCCUCAGAGCAAAUCAUCUCAUAACCGUGUUCGGCAUUGAUUUACAAGAGGGAUUUAUUUUUCUUCGAUUUCAUUUUCUAGUUUCCUCUGCCAUGGCGAAAUUCUCUUUUUUAUUUUUAUACCUUUUCCAAGGACUACUUCCCCUCAUCUUUGGGCAGCAGCAGCGCACAGCUGGGCCCUGGCGGCAACGGGUUCAAUGGCAGAACAACGGGCAGGUUUAUAGCUUAAUGAGCACUGGAUUAGAGUACCAGGCUCCGGUUCGGUCAAGGAGCCAGUCGAGGGUUUAUAUGAGCAGCAGGAGGGAUGCCACCAGGAACCAAAUGCCGGUUGCGCACAGAGGAGCGACGCUUGUAAGACCUGGACAGGCUGAAUCUAGACAAUUGAGGACUGUUAGCGGUGUGGAGCUAGAAUCUGUAGCUCAAAGACAGAAUUUUAGACAGUAUGUACCUACUAAUGGUCGUGCGUCAGGGGCCACAGCUCAGCAUCCUGCAGAGCGCCCUUACUUAACAGGAGCUGCAGGCAAUUCAGGCGCACGACGCGUAAUCCCUGACCACACCACGACCAUGAACUCCUCUGCAGCGGGGAGUUUGACAGAUUUUCCGGGCAGGGUUGGAGGUAUCAGUGGGGACGCUUCUGCUCUACAUACCAGAGGAGGAGAUCCAGCUCCCGGUGCGCAAUACCAACAAUUACGCACGGUGCCAGAGGCCAUAUCUGUCUCCAGACACUCAGCUCCAGCACAUCCCACAGCUCUGGAGAGGGAAUCUGCAGCUCCUGCUCCUUUCCCCGCGCUCACUGAGGAUGUUGCGAACGAGGCUGCUGGUAAUAGAGAAGACAUGAUUAACGAUGACCCUCGAAACCCGUUUAAAAACCACAGGAAUUCUGUUUUCCACAACAUGUAUCCCACAAGAGGGAGGUCAGGAGCCCGCACGCGCCUUCCGCCUGGCACAGGGUAUGGAACGAGAUAUUUCCAAAAUGGUCUACCAGACUUGGUGCCCGACCCAUAUGCCAUCCAAGCAGGUGCUUACAUCCAGCGCAUGCAGAUGUACGCGCUCCGCUGUGCAGCUGAGGAGAACUGUCUGGCCAGGUCGGCAUAUGGACCCAGCGUGAGAGACAUCGACUUCAGAGUCCUCCUGAGGUUCCCCCAGAAGGUGAAGAAUCAGGGCACCACUGACUUCCUACCUGUCAAGCCCAGAUACCAGUGGGACUGGCAUAGCUGUCACCAACAUUUCCACAGCAUGGACGCCUUCAGUAACUACGACCUGCUGGACACCGUCUCUGGACUUAAAGUUGCAGAGGGACAUAAAGCCAGUUUCUGCCUGGAGGACACGGGCUGUGAUCCCGGAUUCAGGCGCCGCUACGCCUGUACAUCUCAUACACAGGGACUGAGCCCGGGAUGCCACGACGUCUACGCAGCCAACAUCGACUGUCAGUGGAUCGACAUCACUGACGUUCCUCCAGGAAACUACAUCUUGAAGGUUACCGUUAAUCCAAAUUUCCACGUGCCGGAGUCAGAUUUCACCAACAACGUCGUGAGAUGUGAUAUCACGUACACGGGAAUCUAUGUGCAGACACGCAACUGCAGAGUAACAAGAGGGUGAAACCUCCCUUUGCAAGAACUCUCUGCAGGACUAUGCAGCAAACAUCUCUGAACUGUGCAGCAAACAUCUCUCCCUGAACUGUGCAGCAAACAUCGACUUUAUGACGAACAAAAAAAGUGCAAUUGGUAAAAGUGCUCGUUUAGUCUUGUGUUACGUUUACUGGAAAUAAAUGCAAACAUAUUCACCAUUUGUUUUGUACAUUUCCCACAUGAGACCCUCACAUUUACUUGAUUAUUGUAUCUCUACAAAUGUGCCAUGAUUCAUUUCAUAAACAUCUUCUUUUUUUUUUUUACUUAAGAAAUACAAGUACUGUUUUCAUAUAGGUCUACUUCUUGAAUGCUGGUUAAUAGCUUGAAUCGUUUAUUGUUGCAUGUUGUCUUUGUCUUGUUGUUUCUCGUUUAUUUUACCGCUAUGUGCACACCAUGUUGUUUUUAAUAGUUCUAUUUAAAGGAUUAGAUGUACUAUAUUUUUAUCAUUGUCAACAGAUUUUAUGCACAGACCAAAACCAGCCAUGUAAUUUUUUAGUCUGUGUCACAUUCUCUCACAUCCAUACCGUGUCUCUCCCUAUUGGUUCCCACUGAGGACAAAAACAGGGUGCUAAUAAAAGUGUUUAAAAAAACAGCAAUGAAAUAAAUAUUAAAACAUUAAAACAGCUGGGCACUGAAGUAUUUUCCGAAUGUUCUUCCAAACAGGAACAGAACACGGGGUGACUUGGGCCACACUCAAAAUCUGAUCGGCCAACACCUUUAACUAUAAUUGAUUUUUUACAUCUUCUGGGGUCGGAUUAACUUUGAAAUCAACUUUUUGGUUUGUGUUGUGACAGGCAACUUUUAGCUUUCUUCGCAUUUAUAAUGUAAUCAAUUUUCUAUUGAAGUAGAAGGAAACUCUUGUGCUUCAGCCACUCGGUGCUCGGUUAGAGGUCUGUGCUCUCAGAGGAGUGAAGACGUUCAAAAUAUAGUCAAGGUUUGACUCUGACUCUCACGCAGUGUGUUGAAAAGUUAGUCCUUUUCCCCCCUAAAUACAUUUGCCUUCAGUGAUUCGUGUGCUUCAGUACUUCCUUUGGAUUCACUGAAUUACAUUUUGUACAUUUUCUAUUGUUUUUACAUGUUGUGAACAACAUUUUAAAAUGAAAUAUUAUCUUCAGUUCUUAAAGAAUUAAGCUUAGAGGCUUUAUUUGUUGCCACUCAGUUGUGUAACUUUCUGUAGUAAGUAAAAGAAAAUACACUGGCAUGUAAUGUCUUUUAGAAACUGAAAUGUUAGUAGCUGAAGUGCAUAAAAUUAGUGGAGUUAGAAAGAGUAGAUAAAAGCUAUUCACCUGUGUGUUUGCACAAACAAACUUCAUGCCACCACUGCAUGAGUCUGUACCCCAAACAAGCCACAACUGUAAAUAGAAAAAUGUCUGAAUCCGUCGCUGACAUAAAUAAGAGGAAACAGUUUUCAGCCAUGGAUUAACAUUUGCAAAUCAUUCCCAGUGUAAGAUAUGAACUCGUGAUUAAAUGUUCACCCUGAUUAAAUAAAUGAAAUUGCAUGUCUCAUAAUAAUUCAAGGACAUCUAUGAAUUUCUCAUCACAGAGGAGUAACAAAUAGAGACUUUGGGUAGAAGGAUUUCACUUCUCAGUAGAACUGGUUCACUGCCAGUUUUCUUGUUAAGUAGAUUUGUUGACAAUAAUAAAUAUACAAAUUAUCACCAGACCUACAGUCUAUCCUUUCACCACUUUUUGGUCUUGUCUGCAAGUGUCUCACUUUGUGUUGAAUGGUGUGUUGGAGAAUAUUUCCAUGAAUGUGUGCUGUUGUAUAACUGAGUGAACGGAAAAUGAGGAAAAAUGUAGUAAUUACCGAUGUUUAAAAAAUCUCAUUCUGUUGGUAUGUUCAAUUCCAUGCAAUAAAGAUG